UCUGCCAUUAUGCUUUCCACUCUCAGAGUCGCCAGCCGGUCGGCUGCCUCCCGCGAGGUCAACAUGCGCACUGUCGUGAUCGGAGCUAGACACGCCUCAGCUUGGGCCAAUGUUCCCCAGGGUCCUCCUGACGCCAUUCUCGGCAUCACCGAAGCUUUCAAGGCCGACUCCUUCAAGGAGAAGAUCAACCUGGGCGUUGGUGCCUACCGUGACGACAAGGGCAAGCCUUACGUUCUGCCCUCCGUCCGCACCGCUGAGGACAAGGUCGUCGCAUCGCGCUUGGACAAGGAGUACGCUGGCAUCACCGGUAUUCCCGCUUUCACCACCGCCGCUGCUGAGCUCGCCUACGGCCCCGACUCCUCCGCCAUCAAGGACAACCGCCUCGUCAUCACCCAGACCAUCUCCGGUACCGGUGCCCUGCGCAUUGGCGGUGCUUUCCUCAAGCAGUUCUACCCCGGCGCCAAGAAGAUCUACCUCCCCAACCCCAGUUGGGCUAACCACAAGGCUGUCUUCUCCGACUCCGGUCUCGAGGUCGCCCAGUACAGCUACUACAACAAGGACACCAUUGGCCUCGACUUCGAGGGUCUGAUUGCCGAUAUCAAGGCCGCCCCCGAGGGCAGCAUCAUCCUGCUCCACGCUUGCGCUCACAACCCCACCGGUGUCGACCCUACCCAGGCCCAGUGGCGCCAGAUCAGCGAUGUCAUGAAGCAGAAGGGCCACUUCGCCUUCUUCGACAUGGCCUACCAGGGCUUUGCCAGCGGUAACGCCGACCAGGAUGCCUUUGCUCCCCGCCACUUCGUCGAGCAGGGUCACAACAUCGCUCUUUGCCAGAGUUUCGCCAAGAACAUGGGUCUCUACGGCGAGCGUGUUGGUGCUUUCUCCCUCGUUUGCGAGAACGCCGAGGAGAAGAAGCGCGUCGAUUCGCAGAUCAAGAUCCUCAUUCGUCCCUUCUACUCUAACCCCCCGUCCACGCAGUGGCUCGGUGAGGUCGAGGGCAUGGCUACCCGCAUCAUCGAGAUGCGCUCUCUUCUCCGCACCAACCUCGAGAAGCUCGGCAGCAAGCACGACUGGUCCCACAUCACCAGCCAGAUCGGCAUGUUCGCCUACACUGGCCUGAAGCCCGAGCAGAUGGACGCCCUUGCCAAGGAGCACUCCGUCUACGCUACCAAGGACGGCCGUAUCUCCGUCGCUGGUAUCACCUCCGGAAACGUUGAGAGACUCGCUGAGUCCAUCUUCAAGGUUACCGGUUAAAUUUAAAAUCGCCUAGAAAGGGAAUUUUGAAGGAUAUACGAUAAAACGAAUGUUGGGGAGUGAGAAAAAC